AAACGUUUUACACAAGUUCUCAAACCUUUCGUAAUUGUUUUGUGUUAUCGAUAUACCUAUGUAAAUGGAUUGAAGUAAUGAAUUUAGGCAAGGAAUUGGGGGAAAGCAGUGAUGGGUUUUCUGAAAAAAGCGACAACCGGGAGGUGGUUUUUGCCGCUGAUGCACCUGCAGAUCAUUCAAAACGUAAACGUUAUUUAACUGCGAAGUACGAUAGAAGGACUCGUCAGAAAAUUAGCGAAAAAAUUCGGCUCGAAAACUUUGUUUUCGAACACCUUCGUACUCUUUAUUGCACAGAGGUCGAUGACUACGAUUGUGAUAUCGAUUUGGAUGAAAUAAGUGAUCUUAAGACAAAUGAUGAGAAAGUGCAAACUUUGAAAGAAAAGCUAAAGUCCUGUCCAGCUAAACAGGAGCAAAUCGAUAACUAGAAUGAUAGAGACUAUAUUAAAUGUGUGUACGAUUAUAAGUUCAAAAUGACAAGGGCGGACACAUACGGGAAGAUAAUUAAAUAAGUAAAACCUGUUGAUUCUCAAAUGUUUGUUUAAUGUUUUGAAAAACUCAAAAACGUUGCUAGUGUAUUAUAUAUUUGUCAUCAAUAAUUCACUGUUUAUUGUUACAAGUUACUGUAAAUGUGUAAUACAAAGGAUUUUAAUCAAAAUAGAGGGAAAUUUGUAUUGCUGUUAACAUGUGUCAUUUCAUUUAUUCUGUUCUCCUAUUAAAAACGUUUGCUACUUUUAAUCUUUACGUGGCUUGAAACGGCCGUUGAACAUUUACUCUAAUGUAACCUAAAUAUAUUUCAAUAUUCACCCGAAAAAUAUCAUACUGGUUACGGGAUCUAAAGAUUCUUGGUUCAAUAUCUUAUUGGGUAAUAUUGUACUUUAUUGAGGAAUCUUCAAGUUAGAAUGUAACACUUGUUCAGUGCAACUUGGUUUCCGUGAUUCUCUCCAACAGAGCCAGAAUUUAUACAAAACCUUUUACGAAGAUUGAAGUAAAUUCAUCAAUUCCUCUUUUUGUAUCCAGUGAUGAAAUCAAUCAAUAUAUAAGGAGGUUGAAAACUUCUCGCCUAUGUAAACAGCUUUACACUGAUAAUAAACACAUGUAUUUUAACAAGUGUAUAUCAUUGUGUGAAUGUUGAUAAUAACUAUAAUAAAUAUCUAGCGAUUAUUACUAUGAUCACUAGUAUUAGUAUUUUUAAUCCUUAAAUAUCACUUCCUUGAAAUAGAGUAGCAUUUUUGUUUCCUAGAUAAUUUUAAACGAUUAAACUGAAGAUGUUCAAGAACCAAAAUAGUUUUGAUUACUAACUUAAAAAGACUAAUUCGUUUUUUUUCACUUUCGCUGUCUAGUUGUCUUUUUAUGUUUACCUCUUUCAUGACCUCUCGCAUUAUCAUUCUCUUUAUUUUUAUUAUAGUCGUUAUUUGCCUUUUUGGACUCACUUAAUGUCUUGUAACUUUCAACAGACACACUCCCUCCAUACGUUUUAAUCUAAAUACUGUAUUUGUACUCAUACGUCCUUCGAAAAUAAUGAAAAAAACCAGAAUAAUGUUUAUAACAAUCUUACUAUUUUUAAAACUAUUACUACCAAUAUUAUUCAUGUUAUAAAAUAACUGAUAGUCCAUUUUUUGUACCCCUAGUACUUUAUGUGCUUGUUAUACUAGUACUCAAGUACGUGCGUGCACGCACGUCUAUUGUAUCGUUUUAUAUCUCUUAUAUAAAUAUUCCAGUCAGAAUAUAUUUCUGAGUGUCAAUGUAUAAAUAAAAUGGCGUUUAAAGUGUUAA